UCUACCCACCAACGGCUUUUAUGAUUCAUCCCUUCAUUCUCAUUAUCACGAACAUUUUUCAUACAAUUGGAGUUAUCUGAAACUUGAGCAGUCAGGAAUUCACAUUUUUUUUGUAAUAAAGUAUCAACAUCCAAACAUGGAUCACUGAUUUAGAAUCGAUCUACAAUGGCUUGGACUAAUUAUCAAAAACUCUUGGCUCUGUUGAUGGUUGUUACGGGGUCAUUCAAUACUCUCUCAGUCAAAUAUGCAGACAAACAAAUUGUUGCCGGAGAGGAUGGACAGCCGAGACAUUUCAAUCAUCCAUUUAUGCAGUCUUCCUUCAUGUUCCUCGGUGAAAUGUUGUGUUUGUUGACGUUCAAGAUUGCUUAUCUAUAUUACAAGAGGAAAAAUGACGACUCAGCAGAGACAAGUGCCCUUACAAAAGGCAACAAAAACUUCAAUCCCUUUAUUCUCCUGAUUCCAGCUGCUUGUGACAUGAUUGCAACAUCUAUAAUGUACGUGGGAUUGAAUUUAACGUACGCCAGCAGUUUUCAGAUGCUUCGGGGCUCAGUCAUUGUGUUCACCGGAUUCUUAUCAAUGGGAUUUUUAGAUAGAAAGCUGGGUGGAAGAGAAUGGACUGGCAUUGGAUUAGUUAUUAUGGGAUUGGCACUUGUGGGAAUCAGUGAUCUCUUGAUGAACGAGGAAAAUUCUGGAGGAAUGAACUCUAUUCUCACUGGGGAUUUGUUGAUUAUUUGUGCACAGGUUAUAACGUCAGUUCAAAUGGUGGUGGAGGAGAAAUUUGUGACUGGUCUGGAUAUACCACCCCUGCAAGCUGUCGGAUGGGAGGGAAUAUUCGGUUUCAUUGGAAUAUGUCUAGCCAUGAUUCCAUUAAAUUAUAUUUACGCAUAUCCACCAUUUGCUGAUAACUCUCAGGGGACUUUGGAAGCACCCAUUGACGCUUUCAUUCAGAUAGGCAACAGUGCAAGAUUACUCAUGGCUAUUGUCGGUAUUACGUUGAGCAUUGCAUUCUUCAAUUUUGCUGGAAUCAGCGUGACAAAAGAGAUGAGUGCAACAACAAGAAUGAUACUUGAUAGUGUGAGAACUAUCGUCAUUUGGGGAUUCUCUCUCAUAUUUCAGUGGCAGAAAUUUCAUUACCUCCAACUCAUUGGAUUCACAAUUCUCCUCAUUGGCAUGGGCUCCUACAACAACGUAGUAGUACCCCAGUUAUGCAGAAGAAUUGUCUGCAAAUUUGGACGUCAUCAGCCCCCCCCACAGCUGUCCAACCACGACAGAGCCCAAAUAAUAAACGCAGUCGACGAGCCAGUCUCCGAGGAGCAUCGAUAAUCCCCCGAGUUAACCCUCUAAAGAUCGAGGAACCAUCAUACCUAAGAAAUUAUAUGAAAAAAAUUCUGCGAUGCAGAAUUUUCUUCGCUCGAAAUAUCACAAAUGGAGAGAAUUGAGAAAGAAAUUUUCACUUGAAACAGUACUUUGAACUAUUAUUUCCAUUCAUAAUUUCGAAUUUUGGAGAGUGCACGUAUAAAAAAAUUAGGUAGACCAUUCUCUUGGUCUAUUAUAUUACAAAUUAUAUUCGCUUUUCCUACUUGUAAGAAAAUAAUGUAAUUUUAUUACUUUAAUGGUUAUUUCCGAAUUUUGUCUCUAUACAUUCUAUUACUUUUUUUCCUGUACGACUUAUUGGGCAUGAAUUUUCCCACUUUUUCCUCUUCUAUGUUAUAAUGAGGAUGAUUAUUAAGGAAAGUCUAUUGAUUUUUUUUCUAUCAAAUUUCUAUCGAAAAAAAAAAGGAAUAGAAUCUAUCUAUUGAAUUUUUCCAUACAUGGGACGAAUCAUUCAGAAUCAUCUAUAAGAAAUUUAUGAAUGAAACGCAAAAAAGGCAAUUUUUUAAUGUUUUGGGAUGACACCCCCGCAAUUAAUCCCAUUAGAGAUAUAAUUGAGAUGAGAUUUGGUGCUGAAAAGGCUAAAGUCGUCAGUGAUAGAAAAAAAAAAAAGUUGAAUUUUGUAUUUUUAUUUACUUCUAAUAAACACAGUAUAUUUUCCAUAAUUAA